UUGAAGAACUCAUCAUGGAAGUAAGACGUGUCGAUUGUGCUCUGCCAACAUAUGAUCAGUCGUGUGGCGCUCCACCCAAACCCUUGUGUUCUUCAUUUCUCAAUGACGCCCUCAAGGAUCCCAUUUUAAUAUUCAUUACCAUUGCUGUCGUCAUUGGAUCCUUUUGUUUGUUAAGUGGCCUGUUCCUGUUAUGUUUAGUCUCGAAGACAAUACAGGAUGAAACAUCGGAAGCAAUUUUAUUAAUAGGCAUUGGAUUUUUUAUAUCAUCGGUGGCAUGUGUAUCCUGGAAAUUAACAACACGACGACAAAUAACACAUUUCAUAGAGGCCAUAAAAGAAGAGACAGUUUGAAAUAAUGGCGAACGACAGCAGUGGCCUAAAAAUCCAGUGUUUUUAUUUAAGUAGUCAUCUUGUACAGUUAUAAAUUAAU